AUGAAAAUCAAGGCCCUUAACGUCUACCCCAUUAAGGCCCUCCGCCCGAUCCCCCUGGAAUCAGCGACCCUCACCCCACAGGGCAUCCUACACGACCGUACCUACAUGCUCUUCAAGGUGAACCCGGACUCGUCCCUCCGCAAGAUGCAGCUCUCCACCUUUCCGCAAUGCGCCCUCUUCUCCCAGGAAAUAGUCUCCUCGUCACCAGCCUCAGGCGAGAGCACCGGGGACACCAUCCUCGUCAGUUACAACGCCCCUAACCCGCCCCUGGUGGACAAACACCCCCUACAGGACACGGUUCUCUUUGUGCCCCUCGUCCCGGACACCACCAGCCUCCAGCCCGUCUCCGUCGACCUCCACGGCAGCCCCGCCGAGGCCCUCCGCAUGGGCGACCCGUACGACGCCUUCUUCUCCGCCUGCUUCGGCUUCCCUGUCAUCCUCGUCUAUAUCGGUUCCGGUCGCCGCCGAGUCCUCGGUACCUUUGCGCCGGCAUCUUCGUCUCUGGCAUCCUCGUCUAAGCAGCAGCCGCCCUCUGCCUCUUCCUCCCUCUUGUCGUCCAUCACGUCCUACCUCCCAUCCAUCACAUCCCCCGAACCCCGGGGCGAGGAAAAGUGCGACCCACCCUGGCUCACUUUCACCGACUGCGCGCCCUAUCUCGUUACCUCAACCUCCUCCCUCUCCCACCCCUCCCUAGCGCCCUUCCAAGAAUAUUCCCUCAUGCCCAAGUUCCGGCCCAACAUCGUCGUAGACGACCCGGCCGAGGCCCCAUUCGCCGAGGACUUUUGGGCUGAGCUCUCCCUCCCUGCCUCCGGCUCCGACUCUGGCACUGGCGGCUCGAUCAGCGCAAGACUCCUCCUCACGGCGAACUGCGGCCGUUGCUCCUCCCUCAACGUCGACUACGACAUCGGCCGCGCCGCCGCUGGGCAGGAGGGGACGCUCCUCAAGACCCUGAUGCGAGACCGCCGCGUCGACCCGGGACACAAGUACGCGCCCGUCUUCGGACGGUACGCAUUCCUCGCAGUCGACGGGGACGAGGAGAAGCAGCAGCAGUCCGAAAUCCGGGUCCAUGUGGGGGAUGAGAUCGUCGUCUCUCGCCGCAGCGACGAACGCACUGUCUUCGACUGGGAUCUCUCG